UGCAACUGCAACGAGACCUGCAGGAACCAGCUCCAGCCCCGGCAGCUGGAGGAGCUGGAGGAGCUGGGACACCUCAGGGACAGCUCUGGGCUGGAUUUGGCUGGGCCAUGGUGCAGCUGGAGCUGUGGGCGGCCGCGGCGCUGAUGCUGCUCGGGGCGGCCGUCAGCCUCUGCAUCAGGUGCCAGCUCUCAGCUACCAAACGGGAGGCACAGCUGAACCAGCGGAGGAGCCAGCUUGAAAGCCAGCAGAGAUUUGAGGUGAUUCGAUCCCAUACCAUUGCAACCCGAAGGCUGGAAAAAAGUAAGGAACCUGAAAACUUCUCAAUAGCAAGUAAAGCCACUGAAGAGCUCAGUGCUUCCCAUCACCCUGGAUAUGGGAGCAGGGACGAGCCCAGGUACCAGAAUUUCCUGACAGAGAGCUGCCUGCAAGAAGAAACUGCCUAUGUGGAGCCCAUGUCUCUGGAUCACUACUACAACUGCAGCAGGCUCUUCAGUCCACCCCGUGCCAGGUCUGCAGGCAAGCCAGAGAAAGAUGAGGAUUCCUGUUCCUAUGAAAAUGUCACCAUUGGAGCAUCUCAGGGCUCUGAUUCAGAUGACGCUGUGGACUAUGAGAACAGCAUGACAAUACUCACAUGGAAGCUCCAGCAAGGACAAGCCCCACUGACAGAAAGCCUGGAUGAUGAGCCAGACUACAUCAACACAGCUCCUGUGUCAGGCCGUGCCCUGCUGCCACAGCAAAGUAUUCUGCAUAAAGUCUGAAGAAAUCUCUUGCUGAGCAGUAAGAGCACACCCAGUGAACAAGCACACGGGGAGAGGCGAGAUUUCCAUCCCUCAGUGAAAUCUCUUCUCCAAACUGUGCCUGCAGUGACAUAGAAGGGGUGUUACUGAAAGAACUGCACUGCUUGAAGCCCCACAGAAGUCCAACUGCAAACCAGCAACUGGAGAAAGUGUUCUGCCCCCAGAGACCACGGGCAAGCCCCAGGCUCCUCAUCCUCAGUUUCAUCCCAAUCCCAUUUCCCUGCGUGUCCACUAGAAGAUGGCCAGUCUGGGCAAUGUUUUCUCCUGUCAGGCAUUGAGUCCUUAACUUGCUGAGCAGUAAUGCAGCAGCUACUUAAUUUGUCAGGGUGACUCAUGCACGAUGGCAUUAAGCCGGAGGGAUUACGUUCUGAUUUAGUUCCUGUGCUCUCCUACAGAAGCAGUUUCCUACGAGAGAGGAACUGGCGAGGCAGAGGUGGUGUUUGUAACAGCAGUGGCUGUCUGGAGCUGAAUGAGAUUCCAACCUGUUCACAAAAGCUAAAGAGGAUUUAAUGCCUGCUUAUCCAUGGGCAUGCAAUUCACAGUGUUGGUCUAUGGCAGUUUGCCUCAUGUUUCAGUACCUAUUUUAUAAUGAUACAAAGAACCAGCAGCAACUGUGAGAGUCAGAUCCACAGCCACCAGCCUCAGAAACUGCACCAUCCUUCACUAUGGCUGUUGGAACAUCAUCCCAGGAACAGAAUCCCAUCUCCUCACCCCUGAUGUACAGAUCUGGCGCUUCUGGAACACUUAUUUA